AUGGCCCCCCCUUCCAACCCCAAGCCACUCCCGGCCUUGGCCGAGGACGUGAGUGACGCUGGCUCGCUGCACAGCGUCGUUACAGCACUCGCGGCGACCAUCAUCACGACGGUCGUCGAAAAUAAGAGUGUCACCUCCGCGGCCAAAACACACAUCGUGCAGGCGGCGGAGGAGAUAAGGAAGGCAAUUUCGAUGCACGCGAAGCUGCCUGCCUCCUCCGCCCCCGCGGACUCCCUGAACACGGCGCCCCUAGAGGACGCCAUAGUGACAUCGGUGCAAGAGCUUGCCCGAUCUAUCGCGAGCGUGCAGGCCGAGCUCAAGGCUCUGCACUCCCGCCCCGCGCAGGCCCAGCCUGCCAUCGCCGCCGCCGCUGCCCCCGUAGCGGCCGCCGCCGCCAACCCCGUAACCACCGCUGCUGCCGCCGCCGCCUCCGUGAAGCCGCCGCCGCCCCCGCCAAGACCCGCAACGCUCGUGCUCCCCGCAAUACUCCAGCCUCCGCCUCGAACCCAACCCCAACCCAAAUCCCCACCUAUGUAUGCACAACAAGCAAGUCGCCCGGCACAGCCCGUCAGGAGCACACCCCCCGCUCCCGUCCAGCCCAAACCCAUCCCAGUCACCCGCCCCGCCAUCCUAGUCGCGACUAAACAUCCCACUAAAAGUAGACAGGAGGCCGUUGAGGCCUUCAAAAAGAGCAUCUCCUUCAGAGAUUGCACUUAUGCUCCGGCGAAGUUUGCACCGGUCUCGAACAAUAAAAUCAGAGUAGAGUUCGACACACAGGCGCAAUGCGACGACGCUCUCACGAAGCUUCGUAGCAAAUUAGACGCGCCAGUGACAGCCGAACCAGCCAGGAAACUAAAACCAAUGCUCUUGCUGAAGGGAGUCAGCUCCGACAUGGCACCUGAGGAUCUGGUGAGCACCCUCCUGCGACAAAACCCGGAACUCCAUACAUUCAACGACACCGACAUCACUUUCCGCUUCAAAAGAGGCAACAACAACAUAUAG